UUUAUUUAUUAUGCUCUGCGUUAUUAAUUAGUUCCAUUAACACACAUUCAACAAUAGAGAGGGAAAGAAAAUGGAAAGAAGAAGAAGAAGAAGAAGAAGAGAGAUGGCGUUGAUUUUGAUGCUGCUUUGGUCGUCUAUGGUGGCUUCUUUUGCUUUCAAACAACUUUUCACAACAGAUAUUGCUGAAUUUCAAGAAAGUGAGCAUAGGGAAAAGUAUGGUAAAAAUGGCGUUGUAAUCCCAAUGCACAUAGUUAUUGGACUUGGUGGCGGAGGAGGAUCCGGUGGAGGAGGUCGUGGUGGCAGUGGAGGAGGAUCCUCAGGAGGAGGACGUGGUGGCGGAGGAGGAUCCCCAGGACGAGGUCGUGGUGGUGGUGGGGGAGGAUCCGCAGGAGGAGGUAGUGGCGGCGGGGGAGGAUCCACCGGAGGAGGUAGUGGUGGCGGGGGAGGAUCGGAAGGAGGAGGUCGUGGUGGGAGAGGAGGAGCUCACUCUGGCACAGGAAAUUGGCAUCAGAACUCCAUGAGGUUCAUAGUAGCUGGAGUUUCGUCAUCAGUUGCAUAUUUAUUUAGACAUAUUUGAAUUUGAUUAUGAAGACAUAUAUACUCAAAAUCAUGAAUAAUUUGUUUGAUAAAAGAAGCAAAAUGGAGGCAAUGGGACGGUGUCUAAUUUGUUUGAUUGAUGUAUUAUGUAUGUAAUUUUGUGUUCAUAUUAACUCAUUCUUUGGUUU